AUGUCUCAGCGAUGGCUGCUUAUCCUUCAGUUUUGGCUAACUGUGUUUAGGCUUAUAAACGCUGUAUGCGGAUCGGUCCUUGUUGUUUAUCAAAUGCAAUUUUUGGACAGUUGGAGGCGCAAUCCUCCUAGACAAGUUCAAAGCUAUGUCAAAGUCCCUACGAACAUCAACUUCAGCGUCUUCACUAUCCUGUCACUGCAACUGGUCGAAGUUGGCGCAUUCGUACUUCCAAACAAUACUUUGGCUACUGCGGCACUCCGUGUAUCACGCAAGCCUGGUUACGCAUAUAUGCGAGAUUGGAAGGCGUUCAGUAGGAUCGAUACAGAACAUCUAACAGAUCGAUAUAGGGAUUUAUGUACGUAUAUUGAUGAUUACCGGGAAAGCACUGUGCUCGAUGCCAUUGGAUCCAUCGGUGGUUUAUUCGCGCUACUUCAAGCGGCCCACAUACUUCUGUUUGGAAGGCCAAUGUUGUGGAGCUUAACUGGUGCAAAGCUCAUUACUCCAUUCGGACUUUUCGGAUAUGACACAUCAAAUAACUCGGAUGCAUUUCUGGUCGGAGAUUUCCUGCGUGAUUUUGUGAUUGACCUUGGGCCGGCCGGCUCAAAUGAUAAGCUGCCUAUAAGGGACACAUUGAUAGAACGUUCCCCAUCAGUUUUCCCAAGUGACAAGAUGUCUAACACAUACACUCAAGUGUCACUUAUGCCACUCGAGGUUCGACAAACACCCAGUUUUGAAAACAGCCUUGAUAUUAAUGAAUUGGCGACUGGUGCUCGUGAGAGGCUUGAAAGUACUGUUUGA